UUUUCCACCUUAAGAAACUAAAAAAGACAGCAAGCUGCCACGCCGACGCCGACCCCAUUCUGCACGUCAGCCCGCCCGCGCCCACCAUGGCCACAGUUCAGCAGCUGGAAGGAAGAUGGCGCCUGGUGGAUAGCAAAGGCUUUGAUGAAUACAUGAAGGAGCUAGGAGUGGGAAUAGCUUUGCGAAAAAUGGGCGCAAUGGCCAAGCCAGACUGUAUCAUCACUUGUGAUGGCAAAAACCUCACCAUAAAAACUGAGAGCACUUUGAAAACAACACAGUUUUCUUGUACCCUGGGAGAGAAAUUUGAAGAAACCACAGCUGAUGGCAGAAAAACUCAGACUGUCUGCAGCUUUACAGAUGGUGCAUUGGUUCAGCAUCAGGAGUGGGAUGGGAAGGAAAGCACAAUAACAAGAAAAUUGAAAGAUGGGAAAUUAGUGGUGGACUGUGUCAUGAACAAUGUCACCUGUACUCGGAUCUAUGAAAAAGUAGAAUAAAAAUUCCAUCAUCACUUUGGACAGGAAUUAAC